GUUCACAGAAACCAAUGUGGAUUCACAAAGACAUCUGAAACACGGAGCCCCUGAAAUAUAGCUGCCCGGGGCGUUACCAAGAUGGCCGCUGAGUGAACUGACUUGCUUUAAAGGAGAGGGACUGCAGUGUCUUGUGUGAAAAAAAGCCUAUCUGACCACUGACACACAAAUGACCAGUGAUGGCCACAGCAUCAGACUUAACGGAUGAUUCAGUCGAUAAAGUAGUGUCUAAACACAUUUUCAACCCUGUGGAGAGGAUUACACUAGCUAUUUUCCUGGUGGUUGUCAUUAUAAUGACUGCACUUGGUAAUUUGCUUGUGAUGGUGGCACUCUGUAAAGACAGACAGCUAAGGAAGAAGAAAACCAACUACUUCAUUGUAUCACUGGCAUUUGCUGAUCUUCUAGUUGCACUUGUUGUGAUGCCCCUGGCAGCGAUAGAGUUGACAACAGGUCAGUGGAGUUACGGAGACACAUUCUGCUUGGUCCGGACCUCACUGGAUGUGCUGCUAACCACUGCAUCAAUCCUCCACCUGUGCUGCAUUGCCCUAGACAGGUACUAUGCAAUAUGCUGCCAGCCUCUGGUCUACAGUAACAAGAUGACACCUGUAAGAGUGUCACUGAUGCUGAUUGGAUGCUGGGUCAUUCCCUUUUUCAUCUCCUUCCUGCCCAUCAUGCAAAGCUGGAAUAAAAUUGGAAUUGAGAAAAUUGUUGAACACAGAAAAUUCAACCUUUCUAGUAAUACAACUUCUUGCGUGUUCAUUGUCAAUCGACCCUAUGCCCUGGUCUGUUCGGCUGUGGCCUUCUACAUGCCUUUGGUGCUGAUGGUUCUUGCCUAUCAGCGGAUCUACAUCACCGCUAUGGGCCAUGCUCGACGAAUUGGCUCACUGCAUCGGGCGGGUUCGGCCCCCUCAACAUACCCUAACCAUGACCAACAAGGCUCCAGUCGUAUUAAGAAUGAAACCAAGGCAGCCAAGACACUGGCCAUCAUCAUGGGCUGCUUCUGCCUGUGCUGGGCACCCUUCUUUAUCACCAAUGUGGUGGACCCCUUCAUCCAUUACACCGUACCAAUGCAGAUGUGGACAGCUUGGCUCUGGUUGGGCUACAUCAAUUCAGGCUUGAACCCGUUCCUCUAUGCUUUUCUGAACCGUGCUUUUCGGAGAGCCUUCCUCAUGAUCCUGUGCUGUGGGGAUGUUCGCUAUGCCUGGCAGGAUGGCUUUAGUCCAAGCAGACCAUUAUCAGCGUCUGUCAACGGGAACUCCAUGAAUCUCAGAUUGUCAUUUCUACCGAACCGAAGGUACAGUGACAAUUCCAACCGAAUCCUGUCAAGCGAGCUGGAGUCGCAGGAAUCUGUUGUUGCCUCAUAGAGGUCCCAUGUCUGCAGAUGCCACUUGAUGACUGAUCAAACAUCAGCCCACAUUGGAAAUAUAUCUCAAAUCAGAGAGUUUUAAUUCAUCCUGGUUUCCUUUUUGAUGGGUAUUUGCUUUCAAAGAUAUAUAAUAGUUACAAAGGUGGACUAUAUACAGUAGGCCUAUUUCACAGAACUUCUGUUAGGAUAAAUUUGCAUGCAGGCAUGUUACAGAACUGAUUAAAUCAGUGUGAAUGCAAAAAGAUAAUGUCCAGGAAUGUUCAAGGAGAUGGGGAAAGUUUAAGCACAACAAAGCAAAUGAAGGCAAAGACUGCACUUUUAAGAGAAAUCUCUCUUGAUCAUUUUCAAGCUGUUCUCAUCUUUCAAGUUCAGAGGAACAUGGCUAGUUUAGCAGUAAAGUCUGACAAACAAUGACAAAUCCUGCUCAGCGGGUGAGAGAAAGUGCCCCAUAAUUUAAGCAUGCAGUUAUUAUUGCAUCCAGUAAACCAUUUCCUCUAAUCAAGAUUUUCAGACUAAGAAGAUACUCCAUCUUUAAUCAUUAAUGUAUUUAUGUUUUUACAUGUACAGUUUUGGCUUCUGUGAAAAGAAUAAGUUAUUUGUCACUGCGUGACAUUUUUUAUUUUAAAGUAUCACUGUGUAAUCUAACUGCAUUUAUUGUACAGUGUAUCUGGAAGACCUAAAACCUAUUAAGUUUCAUAAAAAACACAUUGUUACU